CUCAAAGUAUCUCAGAGGCUUUACAGCUCACAUAGUCUGGUGAAACCCAGAAAGAAACUCAUCAUCGCUUCAAAUGGCCGAAGAAAUUGGCGAAGAGCGUAUUGCUCGUCUUCAAACCCUCCAAAUGGAGGACCUCGGCAUUGCGAGACGUGAUUACCUUUCGACACGAGACGAAGGCCCAAAGCAAGUGCUGUCCUUGAGUCGUUUGGAGGCUUCUAGAGCCUCAAACCAAGAGGGAACGGAGUGUCACCGUCUAGCUGAAGAGAAUAAGGAUAAAUUGGAUGCGUGGAAGAAUGCCUGGAAAACUCUUGGUCAAGCUGAAGGUGAUGAUCUCGCUCCUAUGAUGGAGGGACAAUGGCAUAGGUACAACCUAAUGCAAACAAUCAAAUCAAACGGUGGUCAGAAGUACGAGGCCGAAACUGAUACGUCGGUUCAUCCGCGUGGCCGACGUGCUCUCGGAGCCCCUGGGGGCACUGGUCGAGGUGGUGGUGUUAUUGGAGCUCGUGGACGUCACCAGUCAAUUUCCCAAAGAUCGAGUGCUACUGUAAAGGAACGUGGCAAGGAAAGGUCCAGGGGACAUGAUUUUACAUCUGGUCGUCCGUUAGACCCUUCAAGGGAUAUUAACAAUCCGCAGUCACCUCAAAGACGGGGAGGAAAAGGCCGUGGCAAUGCACGCUUACGACCAGCCACUAUGAGACCUCGCGUUCCGGUUUCGGCACAUCCAAAUGAAAAUCAUGGACCCAUGCUGGCAGAUACGGCUUCUUUCAUGGCAGCUGUUUCGGUGCUACGAACUGCUCAUGUUUCUUCAAGGCCAACCGCAGUCUCUGAGAAGGGACAUAAUACUCCCAUUAACGAUAGCAGUAGGCGUGAACCAACUCAUUCCGAGGCUGGCAAUAUCGAGCCUUGCAGGAACGCAGAGUCUGCCGAAAUCGCUAAGAGUGUGGGCAAAAUUGUGCAAAUUGAAAAAGCGAAAAUUACUCAAGAAAAGGACGUACAGAGGCUUCAUGAAACGAUCGCUGAGCUUUCUAAUGCUGAACCAACACCGGAGCGGCCAGUUUGGGAUAUUAUAGAAGUAUUUGGGAGUCCUUCCUCUACGAAAGAGACCCAGACUGACUCCAUGAAAAAAAAGGUCGACCAGGGAUUUAGCAGCACCCUUCCUCAACCUGUGGCUCGCAUGCGUCGCCAGAAGCAAGUUUUGGACGACGGUCACAUUGAUAGAGACAAUACAUCGAUGCCUUCGGUAAAUUUCAACUCUCCGACCAUUAUGAAUGAUGGAUCCAAAGCCCCCACUGGUGCUCAGUCUUCGACUGCGGUUAAGCCCUGCAAGGAUACAGGCAUGGAACAGGAGCGUAAUGCCUCCGAAAAUGUUUCAUUGAUAACAGAGGAGAAACAAACACACUACAUUGAAGACGAUGACGCAGAGAGAGAGGUUGAAGAGCUUCGACAGACACUUUCAGCAGGCUAUCUUCUUCCGUCUAUUCGAAAGCUCUUGACUGACCGUAAGAAGGAGCUAGAAGACACUUUAUAUUUUAAAGAAACCUGCCCUUUGCCGGCAUCAAUGAGCACUCAGCCGUCCGGAGAUGAAACUAAACAACUAGACUUGGCUGCAGUUUCAGCAGCUCCUUCAACAAAUGGAAGUACCUUUGUGCAAUCAAAAGUGCUUCGUGAGUCACAAAGUGAAGUUGCGGCGUCGAGAAAAAUACCUAUGAAAGGUGGUCAAUCUAGAGUGAAACCGGCGGAUGGUAAUAUCCAAUCCCAUGAUACGACUCAAGCUUCCAACCAAUUGACUUUGGUUAACGAUGAAGGUAACAUUAUUGGCAAUCACCUACUUCCAGGCCGAGGCAACGAGCCCGAGCCCGAGCUCCCCGUGGAGGUUCUUAGUAAGAUGCGCGAAGGCAAAUUUCAAUCGAGGAAAGGUAAAGAUGCGCGAUCACACGCCCGUGAUGUAUCUACGGGUUCAAACGCGUCAAAUAUCCAACGCAAGACCAUCCACACACGCGAUAAUGGAAACACCUCUACCUCUGGGAAAUCAUCCUCGCAACCUCUAUACGGGGCUCAGUUGAAAAUACGAGAGACAGCAUAUCUUCCCCAAACAGCAGCUGCCAUGCAAUAUGCUGGACAACUAUCCCAGAACGCCGCCGCUCUAGCUAACCAAAACGCACAACUUCAAGCUUCAUCCCACAUAACUGGACAAAAGACUAACAGUGUGGUUACCGAAACGGAGACAUCCCCUAUUAGAGGACGCGAGGGGUAUCGUAAUCGUGGUCAUACGCGAACUGAUUCUCUUGGAAGCAGAGUUGGAAGAAGCCACCCGUCAGAAGCAGUCCGUAUCUCCAGUCGUGCCACUUCACCUCCCUGUAGCCUAAGAGGAGAUGCAUUCAAAAGCCCACAGCAUGCAUCACUUUUAUCGGGCUCGAAAGUCAAUGACGAGAAUCACGUGCCAAAGAAUCUAGCUAAGAAGUCCACACAAGGUCUUGAGGCAUCCAGAUGGGCUCCAAAAGCUCCAGGAAAGCAAGGAAUAUCUGAUGAGGGCGCUCAACCGGGACUUGAGGCAUCUAUGUGGGCUCCUCGGCGUGAUGAGAAAUCAGACAGCCGCGGAGAAGGCUUGAUGGCAUCUCGCUGGGCUCCGCAAGGUUAAGAAAUGUGCCAACCAAAUAUCUUUUGUUCCCGCCAGUUUGCCGGAAGGAAUUUACGAACGGCAUUUAUUUAUCAUGGCUUUAUUUCAAUGAUAUUGCCAAUAUCGUUCUUUCUUCGAGAUAUCGCAACAGUUGGCCCCUAUCGCCCUCCAAGUUGCCUUGCUCCUUACAAUGAGUUUAAUGUGCUAGUCCGUGGGAUACGCAGUUUAUUUCCAUUUCCUUUCAGCUGGGUAUAUAUGGCCCUGUCAAGUAUGCCGAAAUGGAUUCGCCGACCCCUAUGCCCCGUUUAUCGGACCCCCGGCCCUGGAAUCAAAAAGGCACAUGAGGGUUCUUUAGGGACAAUAUAGCAAUAUUAUCUUCCCCUGACAAACGACUUGACCCGAACACGGCUUCCCCGUUACUAUGCUCCAUUUCUCUCCCCUUGGUGUUCUCCUGGAUUAACCUUACUGCAUUCUUGUUCUCGGUUCUUUGCGCAAUUUUUCAUGCCCAAUUCCCCCAGGUUUAUUCCCCCCCACGGCAACACCCACACCCACCUAAGCAUUGAAUGUAUUUCAUGACAAGCACGAAAUGAGCUUCUGCCUUACCCUAAGACUUCCAUGUCCCCAUUUGCAAAAGCCAAAUCCAAAUUGCUCUUCACGGUUCCCCAAUUAUCCCGAUAGAUUUGAUUCCCAAUUUUAGGCGUUACCCCUUUGACCAGCCCCUUGCAUUUGAGUGUACUCUCUAGAUUGACAACUGAAUUGCCCCUAAUACCCCCUUCUCCCCUGUGCCCCAAGUUGAAUGAUGCUUAGAUAGUUUAGUCGUCACCAAUGAAAAAGUUUUGCCUUCAG